UUUUAAAAAUUAUAUAUUUGAUUUAAUCAUGUGUAGAGAAAAAUCCUUCUGCUCUGUGGAAUCAUUCUUAUGCUUCCUUCAAAUUAUGGUAGUAGUGCUGCUUCUACUUGAUGAUAAAACAUGUGAUGCAAUUACUAAUAACAAUACAAAUUGUCCUCCUUCUUCAUGCGGCAAAAUGAGAAACAUAAAACAUCCAUUUCGACUCAAGAGUGAUCCAACAAGAUGUGGUGAUAAGAGGUACGAGUUAUCAUGCGAAAACAACAUGACAAUGUUAACUCUGUUUGAGGGAAAAUACUAUGUGAAGGAAAUAAACUACAAAAACUACACAAUUCGGUUAGUUGAUCCAGCAAUUGAAGAGGGUACUGAUUGCUCUUCCAUGCCUCGCUAUUACUUAUACGCUUCUAAUUUUACAAGUAAUUACAAUCCUAGCUACCUCGGGGAUCAAUAUCGAACCUUCCAAAACAGAAUAAUUGAGACUGCUGAUUAUUUAGCAUAUUUCUAUUCUGAUGAGUUGCCAAUGUUCCAGCACGUAAUUUACAUGAAUUGUAGCAAUCCUGUGCGGGAUGAUCCGGUGUACGCGGAUACAGCUUCUUGCGUGAAACUGAAUUCUGAAGGUUAUGUUUAUGCUAUCGCUGGGGACUUGAAAGUUCAAAACACAAAAGAUGACUGCCACGUGGAGGUUGUUGCCGCGAUAUCUUUUUUUGAUUUUAAUUAUAGUCAUUAUGGAGGGGCAUGGGACAUUCCCAAUCGAAAGUUUUCGUACGGUGAAAUUCAUAGGAUGUUGGUCGGUGGAUUUGAGGUUUCGUGGAUGAGCGGUCCUUGUGAAGAGGUUUGUAACAUCUCAAAUUGCUUUUUAAGUAAAAUCACUGGAAUUAUUCAAUGCACUGAUUGGGCUGAUCACUGGGGUCUCAUUGUUUUCUUUACAAAAUUGAUAAAUAUAUAUCGAACAAGGCAUACAUCAAUGUAUGAAAAUAUAGAAGAUUUUCUUCAAGGUAACUCUCUCGUGCCAAUAAGGUAUUCUUACAAAGAGAUAAAGAAUAUGACUAAAAGUUUUAAGGACAAGUUGGGUGAAGGAGGCUAUGGUACAGUUUAUAAGGGAACAUUACGCAGUGGGCCUUUGGUAGCCAUAAAAAUGUUGGGUAAAUCUAAGGGUAAUGGACAAGAUUUCAUUAAUGAAGUUGCAACCAUAGGAAGAAUACAUCACACCAAUGUGGUACGACUUAUUGGAUUUUGUGUUGAGGGAUCAAAACGUGCUCUUGUUUAUGAUUUCAUGCCCAAUGGAUCUCUUGAUAGAUAUAUUUCCUCUAGAGAUGAUACUAUUUCUUUAACAUAUAAGAAAAUGUAUGAGAUAUCUCUUGGAGUGGCUCGUGGUAUUGCUUAUUUGCAUCAAGGUUGUGACAUGCAAAUUUUACAUUUUGAUAUCAAGCCUCACAACAUCCUUCUUGACGAAGACUUCAUCUCCAAGGUUUCAGACUUUGGUCUUGCAAAACUUUAUCCAGUUGACAAUAGCAUUGUAUCUUUGACUGCUGCAAGAGGAACAAUUGGUUACAUGGCUCCUGAAUUGUUUUACAAAAAUAUUGGUGGAGUUUCUUAUAAGGCUGAUGUGUAUAGCUUUGGAAUGCUCUUGAUGGAAAUAGCAAAUAGGAGAAGAAAUUUGAACUCACAUGCAGAUGAUUCAAGCCAAAUUUUCUUUCCCUUUUGGAUUUACAAUCGAUUGAUUGAAGAAAGGGAGAUAGAAAUAUUAGGAGAUGCUACUGAUGAGGACAAGAAUAAUGUGAAAAAGAUGUUCAUAAUUGCUCUAUGGUGUAUACAAUUGAACCCCAGUGAUCGUCCUUCUAUGGAGAGAGUAAUAGAAAUGCUUGAAGGAGAUAUUGAAAAUAUUAAAAUUCCGCCAAAGCCUUCUCCAUAUCCAACUGAAGAAGAAACUAUAUCUAGAGAAUCUAUAUCGGAUGAUGAUAUCUCUGGGUCAAUUAGUUUUCUUGAAGAAACUGUAGAAGAUCCUUUACAAUAGUAUUAAACUACCAAUGAUAAUAAUUACUAGGUUUUUGGGUUUUGAUUUUCAUUGAGUUAGAAUUUCCCAUUACACAAAAUUUGCAAGCAUGGGUUAUUAUUUCUUAAUAUGUUGGAAAAAAAAGUUUAAUAUAAAUACAUUAUCGAUUUGUACCAAAAAAAA